UUUACGUGUGCCUCCGGCACGUGUUUACACUGUGUUUGUUUACCCGGUGUUUACAUGUUUACGUGUGUGUCGCAGGCGGACUGUUAUUCGCUAAGCCGAUGAGGGAGGCUGGCUACGUCACAAUGCUGGAUCCGUUACGUAUCAAGUACGGCAGGAUCAUGGCUGGACUGCUCUUUAUUCCCGCGCUCAUGGGAGAAGUGUUCUAUUCGGCGGCCAUCCUAAAGGCUCUCGGUGCUACGCUGACGGUGGUGCUGAACCUGGAUAAGCAAAUCUCUAUUAUUGUAUCGGCCUGCAUCGGCAUCUUCUACACAUUCUUCGGAGGUCUCUACUCCGUCGCCUACACCGACAUCGUUCAGCUCAUCUGCAUAUUCGUCGGUUUGUGGAUCACGGA